CCCCCGGCACUCGGGGGCCUCCCGGUGCCCCCGAGCGCGGAUCGCUCAUGUUUGUGUGGGUGUUCGCUGCUGCCUGGACAACUCCUGAUUCACCUCCGGAGCUGAGGGUUCCUCAGAAGAAGAUGGUCUAGAGCCAGCGCAGCUGCCGCUUCCUAUCGCUUUGUGCCCCGGACCCCAGAGCGGAUCAUGGCAGCAGCCCAGGGGGCAGGCAGCAGUUCAGCUGGGCCCUCCGGGCUCCCCAGCUCUGCCCCAGGGCACAGCAACUCCCCGGCCGUGGCUGUGUGGGAAUGGCAGGACGAAUUCGGGAGGUGGAGGCCCUACCGAGGCAACGUGUGCAGCUACAUUGAGCAGGUUUUCCAGGAGUCUCAGCAGAAGGGCCGGCGUUUGGGGCCGGGACCUGGCAACAGCAUCCCCUUGGGCCAUGCUGACGCUGUCUUGGCCCCCUACGUCAUCGACAUCCCAAGUCUGACGCAGUUCCGACAGGAUACAGGGACCAUGCGAUCCGUCCGCAGGCACCUCUUCCCUCAGGACUCUGCUGCUGGGCAGGGUGUCGUGUGGGAGUGGCAGAACGAUGAAGGCGGCUGGUCCCCCUACGAGAUGAACGUCUGCGUGUUCCUGGAGCAAGCCCAUGCCACAAACCAUCAGCGGGUGGACCUUGGACCCUUAGGCUACAACUACGAGGUAGACUUCGUGGCUCAAGUCCAGACCAACAAGACCACGAAGUUCCGACGCAACGUUCAGAGGCGCCUGGAUGUUCCUUAUCCAAUGACAGCGGCCUCGGGACCUGUUCACGCAGGGAUGGUUUGUUCUUGUCAACAGUGCUGGUUUAACAGUGGGACUCGUCCUAUCACCAUGCGUUACCGGCACUCUAUGAUAAACUUCCCCAACUCCUCUGCUGCACAUCAGGUUUCCAGUCGGACAACAUCAGUAAGUGCUUCUGGCCUUGGCUUUGUGCCCUAUAACAAACCAGCGUUGUAUGGAGCGAGGUCAACAACAAGACUCAAUGCACAGAGCACCUGGGCUUUGCCUCAAGCUGGAGGUGCCGGGGGCCCCAGCACAGGACUGUCUGCGUCUAACGGAGUCAGCACCCCAAACCUGCCGAUCAAGAUGCCCAAGCCCAGCAAAGUGAACCAGGCGUUGGCAGGCAUGACGGCUAUGCUGAUGUCAGCCGCUGGACUCCCCGUGCACCUCACCCGUGUGCCGCAAGCUGCCAGCACCCAUAAAGCCUCUAAAAAACACAGCUCAGUUAAGGAGGGGAGGAAAGUGUCCAAGAAAGCAACACCAACUGAGCCAGAAGCGGUGGUGAGGAGAUACCUGGAAGAGCUGAAGGGUGUUCCUGCUGAUGAGGACUGUAUGAUCUGCAUGGAGAAGCUGGCCUCCCCCUCGGGUUACGGGGACACGUGCGAGUGCAGCACGAUCAAGCCGGAGAUGGUCGGUCGCCUGACAAACUGCCAGCACUGCUUCCACAUGCUCUGCGUGCUGGCCAUGUACUGCAACGGAAACAAGGACGGGAGUUUACAGUGCCCCUCUUGUAAAACCAUCUAUGGAGAGAAAACGGGGACUCAGCCCAAAGGAAAGAUGGAGGUUUCCACCUUUCCCCAGUCCCUUCCCGGCCACAAGGACUGUGGGACAAUCCAGAUUGUGUAUCACAUCAGCAGAGGCAUUCAGGGUCCUGAGCACCCCAACCCUGGGAUGCCUUACACAGCAAGAGGCUUUCCUCGCUACUGCUAUCUGCCAGACAACGAAAAGGGCAGGAAGGUCCUGGAGCUCCUAAAGGUGGCCUGGAGGAGACGCUUGAUUUUCACAGUGGGCACCUCCAGCACCACAGGCGAGAGCAACACAGUAGUGUGGAACGAGAUCCACCACAAGACCGAGAUGGACACGAACCUGAGUGGCCACGGCUACCCCGACCCCAACUACCUGGACAAUGUGCUGGCAGAGCUGGCCGCGCAGGGCGUCACCGAGGACUGCCUGAGACCGUGAGCCGCGUGGGGCCGCCGGGCCGUGCACCUCCCCAGGGCCCCUGCUUUGGAGGCCCCUCUUGUGCACUUAUUCCUGUUGCCUUAAGUUCCUGCGUGCGAGCGCCUGUCACGCUGAGCAAUAACACUGACGUGGGAGCUCUGUACAGUCUCUUUUUCUGGAGGGAAGGCUCCUUUCGUAGAACGUGGACUCGUGUCCCCAGGUAGGGCCGGCGGCCACAGCCAGGACAGGCUGGGAGAGUUGCUGUGAGGUGACAGAUCCCCCUUGUGAAGGCAGGACCCUCACCCUGGUAAUGUCGGGGACAGGAGU